CCAACAACCACAACAUCCAACAAUCGCGCCGGCAACAGGUGCUACGUUGGAGUUGCCAACUUCUUCUCAUCAUGUCAAAGCUGGGGACAAGCGUAUUCCUAUGAGAAGGCCGGACAAAGGUGGCACCAAUGCUGUCAGAUCUGUUUCACUUCGUGCGAAUCAUUUUCCUGUCAAGUUCAAGUCUGAUAGGCUCAUAAUGCAUUAUGAUGUUGAUAUUAAACCAGAGGCUCCGCCCAAGAAGGGUCGUGCAGUAAAGAUAUCAAAGUCCACUUUGUAUAUGAUAAGGGAAAAGCUGUGUGUUGAUCACCCCUCACAGUUUCCUGCAUCAAAGAUUGCUUAUGAUGGUGAGAAGAACAUUUUUAGUGCUGUUGAGCUUCCCACUGGGAAAUUUAAGGUGGAGAUCUCUGGAGGAGAAGAGAUGAAGGUUUGUUCGUUCAUUGUCACUAUAACUCUGGUGAAGCAACUUGAGCUUCAAAAGUUGAGUGAUUACUUAAGCGGGGUACUCUCCUUUGUUCCCCGUGAUAUAUUACAAGGUAUGGAUGUGGUAAUGAAGGAGAAUCCUGCUAGACAUAUGAUAUCUUCUGGUCGGGGCUUUUACCAAUUUAAAGACUCGGGAAAAGACGAGCUUGGAUACGGUAUUAUAGCUUCUAGAGGAUUUCAACAUAGUCUCAAACCCACUGCCCAGGGUCUAUCCUUGUGCUUGGACUACUCGGUUGUGCCAUUUUUUAAUCCAAUUUCGGUUUUAGAGUUCCUAAAGGAGCAUGUUCGUGACUUCUCUUUACGAGAGUUUAAGAGAUACAGGAGUGAUGUUGAGGCUACCUUAAAGGGAUUGAAAGUUGGAGUGACUCACCGUAAUACGGGUCAAAAAUUCAUUGUUGCAGGUUUAACUAGUGAAGACACGCGAAACCUGUCAUUUCUUCCUGAAGAUCCAGAAGGCAAUGUUUUGCCAAAGAAAGUAAUGCUUGUUGAUUAUUUCUAUGAAAAGUAUGGCAAGGAUAUCGAGAACCAGGAUAUUCCCUGCUUAGAUGUGGGAAAAAACAAUAGGAAGAAUUAUGUACCAAUGGAGUUCUGCAUGUUGGUUGAGGGGCAGAGGUAUACAAAAGAGAUUUUGGAUAAAGAGGCUGCUAAGAGGCUGAAACAUGAGCAACUUCCUACACCAGUUGUCAGAGAAAGCAAAAUAUGUGAAAUGAUGCAGGCAAACUAUGGACCAUGCGGGGGAGGUAUCAUUGACAGUUUUGGCAUUGGUGUAGACAAGAACAUGACAGAAGUUGCAGGACGAGUCAUUGAGCCGCCAGAGUUGAAGCUAGGAGGCAAGCUGAACAAGAUGACUGUGGAAAGGGACAGAUGCCAGUGGAAUUUGGUUGGAAAAAUGGUCGUGAAAGGCAUACCAGUUGACCAUUGGGCUGUGGUGGACUUCAGUGGGCAGGAGCAGUACAACAGGCAGAAUACCAAUCAGUUUAUUUCAAGAUUUAUUAGGCGGUGUGAAAAGUUGGGAAUCCAAACGAAGGAUCCUCUUUUCUGUGAAACUGCCAGCAUGCAUGCCUUCAGAGUUUUCCCUGUGCUACGGGAGCUGCUCAACAAGGUUUACAAAAAAGCAAGAUGCAAGUUACAAAUUCUUGUGUGUGUCAUGGCUAGGAAGGAUGCUGGCUAUGGAUAUCUUAAGUGGUUUGCUGAGACCAAAUUGGGGAUGGUUACUCAGUGUUGUUUGUCCCGCCCCGCCAACAAAGUCAGUGAUCACCAUCUUGCCAACCUUGCUCUCAAGUUGAAUGCUAAGCUAGGGGGCAGCAAUGUAGAGCUUAUAGAAAGACUUCCACGGUUUGAAGGUGAAGGACAUGUGAUGUUUAUUGGUGCUGAUGUCAAUUACCCAGGCUCUCAGAACACAACUAGUCCAUCAAUAGCGGCUGUUGUUGCCACAGUGAAUUGGCCUGCAGCAAACCGCUAUGCAGCUCGAAUUCGCCCACAAGCCCAUCGAAUGGAGAAGAUUCAGAAUUUUGGGGCGAUGUGCCUGGAGCUUGUUGAGGCUUAUGUUCAGGCAAAUAAAGUCAAGCCAGAGAAGAUUGUGGUGUUCCGUGAUGGUGUAAGUGAGGGCCAAUUUGACAUGGUUCUGAAUGAAGAAUUACUUGAUCUCAAGAGAGCAAUCCAGGGGGGAAAUUACUGCCCGACCAUUACUCUUAUUGUGGCCCGGAAGAGACACCUAACCCGGUUGUUUCCUAAGGUAAAUGAUCGGAGCUUUAAUGGGAAUGUGCCUCCAGGCACUGUUGUGGACACAACAGUAGUCCACCUAUCUGAGUUCGACUUCUAUCUUUGCAGCCACUAUGGUACACUUGGGACAAGCAAACCCACGCACUAUCAUGUCCUACACGAUGAGCACAGGUUUAGUUCUGACCAGAUCCAGAAGCUUAUCUAUAACUUGUGUUUCACCUUUGCUCGGUGUACAAAACCUGUCUCGCUGGUCCCACCAGUGUACUAUGCUGACCUUGCUGCCUAUAGAGGAAGGCUGUACUAUGAUGCAAUUGUGGCAGAGGUUGGAGCUUCAGCUGCAACUUCAUCAUCAUCAUCGGCUGGAGCUUGGCUCAAUGACGGGCUUUACCGUCUGCAUGGUGCUCUGGAGAACAUGAUGUUUUUCAUCUGAAAAGAAUCAUGGAUCCGGAUCUCCUUUUCUACUUACUGUACUGAAGAAGAAGGUUCUACAUAUCUGGUGAAAAGGCCUGUAGCAGCUUCAACAACAACCUCCUUUCCUAUGCAUAAAUUAGUAAAGGAGUUUGUGCGUGAAUCUAAUGGGUGUCUAGUGAUGUUAGUUGUCAUGGCCAAUGCUGGCCAUAUGCUAACAUUUUCACCGUGUUUGGACAUGUCUGUUUUGUUGUCGUUCCAAGUGUGUUUGUGAGUUGUAUUUACUGUUGUGUGUGUUCAUGUAUUACAGGGUUUGCAGGGUUGUGAUGUGAUGUCUGUGUGUUACUGUUUUUGGGUUGUUCUGGUCUGCACUACGUCUUUCUUCAAUGGGUUUCUACUUUGUUGAGUGCGUAAUGCUACAAUGACUUCGUUUUUUUUUUUU